CAUAUAUUUAUUAUUCGGUUCGUGCCGUACCUCAGCAUUUCCAUCUCGUUUAAGUUCCCGGUUUCAGCUGUUCUAGGUAAACAGGCCUAUCAGUCUAUAAAACGUUUCUUACAAGUACUGAUUAUGUGGCCUAGUUAACCCGAGGGCGCCGUAAAAGUAUAAACAGGCAUGUCCGCAGAUUUUAUUCGAAUUAUCUGACAUGUAGGGCAUUUGUUCACACCUCCAUCUUGUGAUUUCUAGGCACUUUUAAUUUAAUGCGGCAAUCUCCUCAACCGAGCAGCGUUGCAGAUCCCUGACAAAACGCAGCAAAGUCGAAAGAAGCGGUGCUAGGAUGGCUGGCCUGCUGCAGUACUUUUGGGCAGAGGCAAGGCAGCACAAGGAAACCAUAGUGAUAUUUAGUAGGUAUCCUGUGCCAGGCAAAGCCAAGACAAGACUCAUCCCACUUCUGGGUGAUGCUGGGGCCGCACUAGCUCAGAGGUUCAUGACAGAGCAUAUUCUAGAUGUUGUCCAUAGGUUCCAGUGUCAGCGCCAGUCUGUCAGGGUGGAAAUACAAUACUAUGGGGGCACAGAUAGUCAGAUGAGGUACUGGAUGGACAGAAGAGUGGAGAAAAAUAUGUCAUGGAAACCACAAAGAGGAGACACCCUGGGGGACAAGAUAAAGAAUGCUUUUGAAUAUCACUUUGCUCAAGGAGAGGAGAGAGUGCUAAUAGUAGGUAGUGAUAUUCCAGGAAUCAGUGUAGAAAUCUUGGAGGAAGCUCUGGACAUGCUGCGGUCAGAGGCUGGUCAGAUGGUCUUAGGAAAGGCCCUGGAUGGGGGAUACUACUUAGUUGGACUGCAAAGAAAGACCAGGGGAAGGCUGGGUAGGGAUGCACUAUAAUUCUUAACUACAUAUUAUUGGUAUAUUACCAGGACUUUCACUUGAAAAUAAAGA